AUGUCACGUUCUCGUCUCCCGCCCACUCCCUCCAUGUCCGGGGAGUUCAUCAUCAAGGAACAAGUCUCUGUUGACGGGUCAGAUCCGUUCGUUCUGCCUCCGGCUGCAAUGAGUCCGUCCAAGCUACCGAACGCUGCCAGCCGGAGGUCGUCCAAGACCAAUUCCUCCGCUUACCUGCCUGCAUCUCCAACCUCGCCCGAGUUCGGUCCGGGGCGCACGGCACCGUUGACUCGUCAGGCCGGGGUUAAGAGGCCCCUGGAAGAUUUUGAACUCCCCCCGCCUCCCACUCGCACUCGCAAGAUUAUCCAGAUGAAGCCCAAAGCGCAAAGUACACCCAAGACGACGUCCGCGUCCAAGUCAUCAGCCAAGGAGGGCACCAAGAACGCCAACAAUGCCGGCAAUGCGUCACCUGCGGCGUCCAAAAAGAAACAGCCCACUGCCACCAGUGCCGCCGGUCGCAAGAUUGCCAGAAAAACCGCCCACAGUCUGAUUGAACGGCGACGACGAUCGAAAAUGAACGAGGAAUUUGGCACUCUGAAAGACAUGAUCCCGGCUUGUAAAGGCCAGGACAUGCAUAAACUCUCAAUUCUACAGGCUAGCAUUGAAUAUGUCACCUAUCUAGAGCAAUGUAUUCAGGAUCUCAAAAUGGCAGGUGGUCAGCAAUCGCCCAUCCUCCAGCACAUGCCGCCCGGUCCCCCCUCGCCAACGUCUCCCGAAGUUCUCCCGGAAUACGCUGGUAGCACAUACUCGGCUUCGGUGUCUCCAGAGCUAGGGCCCGUUAGUACCCAGGUGGCCGAAACGUCACCGGUCUUCUCUCCUCGGAGCCAUGUGCCGUCGAUGGGCAUCCCCUCGGAGGUUGCUUCGUCCGUACUUCCCAGUCCCGCAUUGGGGCCCAUGCAAUCUUCGCCUUCGAUCGAGCCACAAUACCGCAACCCAUCGUCGGCCGACGUGGAUCACGAAGCAUCCGCGGCGCUGCUUAUGCUGAAUCGGGACUGUCGUCAGACCACGGGCUUGGUAGAUGGCGAGCGGUCCGGUUCCAUUUCCGGUCCGCUCGAGAGUCGGGAGUAUUCUGUCCACGACCCCCAGAGACGAAUGGGCAUGAGUGUCCGAGACCUAUUGAUCUCUUAG